AUGUCCUUUAAAACGCCCAUCAACCAGUUCAUGGUUGCCGACAACACCAAUUCGGCAACCUGUCAGGAGGCCGUUUUGGAGAUUUGUGAUGCUAUUGAGACCAAUAAAAUAACGUUGUUGGAGUUCAUACGCAGUUUGGGAGACCAUCUAACCGACGAUUCCAAUUCGAUUAGAACAAAAGCAGUUACAUUGUUGAGUUCUGUUUUGGGCCAAGUCAGCCGCAAAAAGCUGUACCAGAACGAUGUUCGUGUGCUGGUUGGCUUUUACAUUUCCAAGAUCGACGAUGAACCUUGUUUGAAACAGGUUCUUGUUGGCCUUGGCCAUCUUGUUUUGAUGGACCAAUUCGACUACGAACUGGUUCCCACAAUCCUGGACAGCUUGAUUGAGAAUUACUCUCCGUUGGGAAAGUUGGCUACUGUUCGGUACUCAGGCUUUCAACUGCUCGAAUCCAUCUUGUCCAAAGACAUUGAUAUCAUGCAUCAGUUCAACAACCAAAUUGUCAAGGCUUAUCUACAUGUUUCCAAGAACGAGAAAGACCCUAAAAACCUUAUUCUGUCGUUCAAACUGUCGAGUACCGUGGCCAAACGGUUCCAGAUCGACGAAUUUGCAGAAGAUAUGUUCGACGCAGUGUUCUGUUACUUCCCGAUCUCGUUUAGAGCUCCGGAAAAUGAUCCGUACAAAAUCACUCCCGACCAACUCAAACAGGCUUUGAGAAAUUGCUUGAGUGCCAACGAGGUGUAUGCCAAGGACGCCUUCCCAAACCUGUUGGAGAAACUGUCUGCAACGUCUCCUACCGUAAAGCUUGACGUUCUCUUAACUAUCAACCAAUGCAUAAAAGAAUAUCCAACCCAGACCGUCGAGGAGUACUGGAUCACUCUGUGGAACUCGCUUAAGUUUGAGAUUUUGCAUAAUGAGCUGGCGUCCGCAGAGACUCUUGAGGAUCUGCUCAAGUACUACGAGAACUCAGAAAACGAGGACGAGCGUGUUAUUCCAGCAGUGCUCAAGAUCUUCCAGUCGUUGGGUAACAAGUACCAGAGCGUGGAAGACGAUCUCAACAUUAAGGAUUACCUGGCAGUCAUUGUGGAUGAGUUGUCGAAGUACGUGAAGAACCCUGAAGAUAAGAAGUCCAAGCAGUCAACAGUCAUUUUGGCGGCAAUGUGUGGAUCAAAUUUGAACGUCUUUAAUCUGCUUAUCCCACAAAUAAUGCCUCUUCUGUUGCAAUCGCAGGACCUCACAGUACAAGCACAAAGACAAUCGAUCACCAAUGUCUCAUUUAUGCUGGAUACAUACUAUCUUCUUUUCAACGAGAACCUCGAGAACAUUCAUCCAAACAACCCAAUGUUUUCUUAUAAAGACGACCUGUUGAUGUUAUUGAAUAGGGCAUUGUUGUCAACGUCAAAAGUGGAGGUUUCUCUCAGAUGUUUGGCGAUCAAGAUGGCUGCCAAGAUCUUUUCUUUGAAUUUCUUCUUAUCUGAUCAAGAAGCACAGCUUUUGACUCAAUUGAUAACAGAUGUCCUAUUGGAAGACGAGAACAAUGCAACCGAAAAACAAAUAAUGCAAUGUUUCAAGUCCAUCUCCACCAGCUAUCCUAACGCCGUGCUGGAGAUCACUGUCCCAAAGCUGUUUGCUCUGCUUCCUGACGACGACAACGACUUAGACCAACUGAACACCAAGGGCAGAAUUCUGGACAUCAUACUUUCCAUCUCCGAGUCCAGAUCUGUGAUUGAUUCUGUUCUUCUUAGACUCACUGGAAAGGCCGAGUUGUUGAUCCAUUCGGCGUCCAAAGACUACACCCGUCUGGUUUUUUCAACUAUGUCCAAGAUCGCAGAUAAGAUCGGUUCUACCGAGUCCACUACCGAGAACACUAAAAAACUUGCUCCAAGACUUUUGUAUGCUGUUCUCGAAAACGAAAUUGGCUCCGACGAGGUUGUUUUGGAGUACACAGGAAAGAUUCUUAAGAAGUUUGUUCUCCAAACAGACACGGCCCGUCACUCGUCGAUCCUCGAAAACUCGAUCGAGUCGUUCAUUAACGGGAAAGAUACAGAACUUAUUGCCAAACCUCUCACCAAGAAAUUGGACAUUAUCACCGGCAACCAACUGCCUUUCAUCAUAUUUACAAAGAUCAUUUCUGCAAUUGACAAGUCUGUUCCUUUAGCAUUGCCGGCAAAGUUUUUGGAAACCCUGUUCCAAGCAGCUGCAUCAACGGUGAAAUAUUCCAAGCUUUCAGUUCUCCAAUGUAUUUCUCUGGUGGUGAACAAAUGGGUCUCCGAUAAUGAGUACUUAGCCUCCAAGUUGGCCGAAUUCGACGCUACUUUGCACGACACCACCAAACCUUUGGAACAGCGCUGCUCAAGCCUAGAAGUGUUUGUCUGGAUAGCAAAAGCGUUAAUCAUGAAGCAAGACACUAUAGCUCAGGAAUACCAAGACCUGUUGGUUUCUUUGUUUGAUGACGAUCAACUCAUUGUUUUUGUUCCAAAAAUGCUGGAAAUUCUCGUGGCAGACGUUGAUUGCUACCAGCAGUACAAGAAACAAGGUCCGUUCAACAGAACUGUGGUGUUCAACGUGAACGUCAGACUGUUGUACAAGCAGAAACUGUUCAACACGGUUCUUCCACUGUUGGUGUCCAAAUUUGAGUCAUCCGGCAACCAGACGUACCUGCUUGCCCUGUCACUAAUGCUCCGCUAUAUCGACAAGUCUAUUGUUGUGCCUCAUGUCAAGCUGAUUCUGCCACUGGUUCUUAGAUCUCUCAACACCGAGUCCAAUGUCAUUGUCACGUCAGCCCUGUCUAUUUUGACCAUCGCCGUGGACGAGUCAGGAGACCUUGUGUCGCAGCACUUAAGCACGGUCAUCCCUAACCUGCUGGAAAUCAUCAACACUUCAAAGAACGAAACUGUCAAACGUAAUGCGCUCAACUGUCUCAUUUCGCUUACUCACUUCGAUCUAUAUUUAUUGGUUCCUUAUAAACAGGAGAUCAUCUCCAGACUGUCCAAGGUCUUGGACGACCCAAAGAGAGCAACUCGGAGACUUGCAUGCGACUGCAGACAGGUGUAUUAUGAACUUGGCCUGCCCCAAAACUAA